AUGUUCCGCAACAUGGGGGAAUUCACCGAUUAUGCGAAGGAGCUGUUUACGGUUCUAUCGGUCCCUGUUCCGGCGGGCAGCAGAUCUGGCGACGUGGUGCACACGAGCGCAUUGAUCCCUGCCCCUGCGUCUGCGUCAGCGUCAGCUCCUGCACCACCGCGCUAUCUAGGGAAAAGGGCCUGUGUGGAGUCCUUCUACGUUCUUUUUGGCUACAGGCCCUCUCCUUCCUUGUUCUCUGGGCUUUUCGCGCACAAGGACACCGGUCGCUGCACCGGCGAAUUGAACAGUGCGGGGGGAGAGGGUAUCGAUGAGCGCACCUUUCUGAGCUUCGUGCAGACCUGCGCGGAGCACGAGGAGGCGCUCUUCAUGGGCGGGCUGAACGAGGCUGAAGCACGCGGUGGGAAGAUGCUCUGCUCGGUCAGUUUGCCCUCGGCCUGGGAUUGCUUCAAGGCACUCGCAGGUGACAAGGACUACGUGACCUUGGACGAUCUCCUGCUAGCGGAUCGAGAGGGACCUUUCGUGGGUCUUGGGGCGGGGCCAGACCCACGCGCGCCCGGGCAGGGCGCCGCCGAUUUCGCGUCGGCGCCUUUUCACAUCUCCCUGCGUGGGCGCCGGCACGCCCUCCUCUCGCACGUGUUCGCCAUAUUGGAUACCGAUGGUGAUGGCAGGGUUCCGUUUGCCGAUAUCAAGCAUGUGCUCACCUCGCUACUCGCGGCGUGA